GCUCAGGAGCCGCCCGGUCGCGCCCGCGCUGCGGUCUGGGUCUGCUUGCGGAGGGCGGCUGAGAAGCUGAAUACAUACGUGUGAGAAGCAAAAAUGUCAGAUGAUAUUAGGAAAAGGUUUGACUUUCCAAAUUCUCUUAUCCAAUCACAGGCUGUGGGUCAUCUUAUUGCUGCAGUCCUAAAGGAAAAUGGUUCUUCAGAAAAGAUUCACCAGUCCACGAACCAGACUCCUGCUUUGAACUUGCUGUGGGAGAAGUGUUGCAGUGACAAUGUAGUGGUUCGAACAGCCUGCUGCGAGGGUCUGGUAGCACUUGUUGCUCAGAAUCAUGCAGAGUUCAGCUAUGUUCUCAAUGGGAUACUCAACUUGAUUCCAUCGACCAGAAAUACACAUGGUUUGAUAAAAGCCAUUAUGAAACUAUUACAAAUGCAAGCUCUUAAGGAAGGACAAGGUGGGGAGAAGAGUAUUCAGGACAUAUAUACUAUUAGAAACCAUCCUCAGCCUCUGAUCACUGUGUUCGAACACAGACCUGAUUGCUGGCCAGUACUUCUACAGCAGCUGACGGUUUUUUUCCAGCAAUGUCCUGAAGGGUCAGAAGUUUCAUGUAUUCAAAUAAUGGCACCAUUUCUGUGGUAUCUAUAUUGCGAACCAUCUCAGUUAGAAGAAUAUGCUGAACUCCGACUAGCCCUGCUGAAAGUCUUACUUCAACCCCGGGCUCUUUGUGACAAAGAACAGCCAUCAAUAUUGGAACAGCAGAUACUUCAGCUGUGUUGUGAGAUGGUUCCCUGUUUGCAGGUUAAAGAUUUGAUACAGACAACAGAAGUGAUGCUGUUUAUUGAAGAAUUAUAUUUAAGCCUUUUACGUCAUCCUGUUUUCUGGAAAAUUCAGCUUACUGAGCUGACCCUUCAGCUGCUGUGUGUCUGUGAAGUUAGCUUAAAGAUAACUGGAGAAUGUUCAUCUUUAAUUCACCUUUUAGAGCACAGUGUUGAACUUCUGAAGGAGGAUUUUCCUGUUGAACUGGUCAUAAUUGGAAUAGCUUUACUUCUUCUACAGACUCCAGCAAGUCAGCAGAAACCAAUCUUAAGUCUAGCUUUGAAGCUUCUGUCUUUUGCUGAGGGUCAGAAAAUCCCAAAGUCAUCUCUGCUGCUGGUGAUGCCGGUUCUACAGAUACUAUCUUCGACUGCAUUGGAAGAGUGUAUAUCCACGGAUGAAGAGGGUCCCUCUAGGCAGCAGUUGGCUCUAAACCUUUUGCAAAUGGUACAGCAAGAGUGUUACAGAGAUGUCCCCCAAAAGCUCUCCUGCAGGCUUCAGUUCCCUACAACCAGCAUGUAUGGUUCAAUAUUUGUAGUCUGGAGGAUUCUUGAAGUAAUGAAAGAAGAGUCUGCGGCAAGUGACUGGUUGGCUUCAGUAGAGUCCUUGCUCCCUGUUACCACUGCAAUCCCUGUGCAUGUGUUCCUUCUGCUGACUCACCUCCUUGUUGAAGAUAAAGGACAAAAUCUUCACCAAAUACUGAGGGUCACUACGGAAUUAGCCCAAGCAGAUGCUUCUCAGGUGCCAAAUCUUAUUCCAGUUUUGAUGUUCAAAUUGGGAAGACCACUGGAACCUAUCUUAUACAAUGAUAUUUUGUAUACUUUACCUAAGCUUGGUGUUCACAAGGUAUGUGUAGGACAGAUUCUACGCGUAAUCCAAUUGCUUGGAACCACCCCACAACUAAGAGCUGUCACUCUGCGCAUGUUGACAUCUUUGUGGGAGAAGCAGGAUCGCGUCUACCCUGAACUGCAGCGUUUCAUGGCCAUGUCUGAUGUGCCUUCUCUCUCGGUGGGCAGGGAGGUCCAAUGGGAGAAACUGAUUGCUAAAGCAGCAUCAAUCAGAGAUAUAUGUAAGCAAAGGCCAUAUCAGCAUGGUGCAGACAUGUUGGCAGCCAUUUCUCAGGUGUUGAAUGAAUGCACCAAGCCAGAUCAAGCUACUCCUGCAGCCUUGGUUUUACAAGGUCUUCAUGCACUCUGCCAAGCUGAGGUUGUUUGCAUCCGCUCCACUUGGAAUGCUCUCUCCCCAAAGCUGAGUUGCGACACAAGACCUCUCAUUUUGAAGACCUUGAGUGAACUGUUUUCGCUUGUUCCCUCCUUAACAGUCAAUACAGCUGAAUAUGAGAAUUUUAAAGUUCAAGUCCUCAGCUUCCUCUGGACUCACUCUCAAAACAAGGACCCAGUUGUAGCAAAUGCUGCAUAUAAAUCUCUGUCCCACUUUAGUGCAGGGGAACACACUAUUCUUCAUCUGCCUGAAAAGAUAAGACCAGAAGUCCCCAUUCCUGAUGAUCCAGAUGAAGACGUGGAUGGGGAGGACGUGGACCUUUCAGUUCCUGGCUCAUGCUAUCUCAAGCUAUUGUCACUCACUGCGCCUUUGGUUUUACCAGCUUUGGAGGAAUUUUUUACAUCACUUGUGAAGCAAGAAAUGGUGAAUAUGCCUCGUGGGAUAUAUCACUCUGCACUAAAAGGAGGCACCCGCUCAGACCAAGGGAAGACUGUGGCAGGAAUCCCUAAUUUUAUCCUGAAAAUGUAUGAGACAAACAAGCAACCAGGAUUGAAACCUGGCCUUGCAGGUGGGAUGUUAUUUUGCUAUGAUAUUUCAACAUAUCAGAGUAAAGAUGGCAAACCAUUGAACAGACUUAUGGCCAGUAGAGGGAGAAGUUUCAAGCAGACAUCACUUGCUCUCAUACAUGAGGUUCAUAUCCAGCUUUCAGAGUGGCACCGUGCAAUUUUUCUUCCACAGGCCUGGCUUGCAUAUAUGAGUCGAGCUUAUCAUGCUAUUUUACAGGGAAGAAUAGGAGAGUUGGAGUUGCAGCUAAAACAUGGAAAAGAAGGACCUGAGGAGGUACAAUUCAAAAAAAGCACAGCCUGGCUUUGGGUCAGAGACAUGUUGACUGAUGAGAUCACCAAGGCAGCUGCAAAGGAGAGUCCAGUGGUGAAAGGCAAUGCCCUGUUAGCCCUAAGCAGCCUUGUGGUCGUGGUAUCCAGACACGAAGCCAGUCUCUCCUCAGACUCCGGCGAGACUCCUGAGUUUCAGCCUAAUUUCCUUUCAAUGAAAGAGUGGGUUUCCAUGGUGCUUGAUACUCUCUUGGUCAUUGUGGAUAGCCAUUACCAACCCAGAGGACGACUUUUAUCUUGGUUUUAUUAUAAAUCCUAUUCUGGCGAAAACACAGCUAGUGCCAUUGCCCGUUCUGCUGCUGCCACAGCUUUGUCCCUCCUUGUGCCAGUUUUCGUUAUCUCUUGCAAAGAGAAGGUUGAGGAAAUCCUGAGCAUGCUGACGGCCAGGUUACCUGGGAAACCAAGUGCUGACGAGUCUCAAGCCGUGCAAAUCCACAUGGGCCUUGCUUUGGGGAUGUUUCUCUCUCGCUUGUGUGAGGAGAAACUCAGUGAUAUAUCUGGCCAACAGAUGAACCUUCUUCUGAUAAAGUCUUUGGAUGCCCUGGAAAAUUGCUGCUUUGACACUAGUCUUGAAUACAAUACGGGCUGCAUAUUGGGAGUGGGACUUGUUCUGUCCCUCAUGAGCCACAGCAGCCAACUGGAGUCCCGAGUUCACGUGGCCGCAUCUCUCCGGAAGCUGUCUGCAUACCUGGAUGACAGUGGGAGCCAGAGCAGAACGUUUCAGGAGGUCCUUGCCUAUACCCUGAGCUGUGUAUGUACAUCAGCUUUCAGUGCUGGAAUUACUGACGCUGCGGAGGCCGAAGAUAUUAUGAACAAGCUUCGAGUGUUAGUAGAGAGCAACCAGCAGACUUCAGGUUUUGCUCUGGCAUUAGGAAACAUAGUUCAUGGUCUGUCUGUGUGUGGACAUGGGAAAGCUGAAGACUUGGGUAGCAAACUGCUUCCCGCCUGGAUCAGAACUGUUCUAGCAGAGGGUACUCCAACAAUGGUUUGUUUGGCAGCUCUUCAUGGCAUGGUGGCCUUGGUAGGCUCGGAAGCGGGUGUAAUGCAGCUGAAGUCAGAAGCCAUCCAGACCUCUCAUUUCCAAGGCAGACUUAAUGAAGUCAUUAGAACCUUAACUCAGGCCAUCAGUGUCUCCGGGGUGAUUGGUCUUCAGUCAAAUGCAAUCUGGCUUCUUGGACAUCUUCAUCUGUCUACUCUGUCCUUAAGUCAAAGUAGAACCUCUGUUCCUACUGACUAUAGCUAUUUGCCUGAAAGCAGUUUUAUUGGAGCAGCCAUUGGCUUCUUCAUUACAGGAGGAAAAAAAGGUCCUGAAUGUGUGCCUCCCUCCCUUCUUAAAGUGGUGAUGAAACCCAUAGCAGCUGUUGGAGAAAGCUAUCAAUAUCCGCCUGUGAACUGGGCUGCAAUCCUCUCUCCACUAAUGAGGCUAAAUUUUGGUGAAGAAAUCCAGCAACUGUGCCUUGAAAUUAUGGUGACCCAGGCACCAUCAUCCCAAAAUGCGGCUGCACUGUUGGGCUCAUGGGUGAUACCACCUCUGAUCCAUGGUCUGAGUCUGAAUAUCAAGAAAUAUCUCCUGGUGUCUGUACCUCUGUGGAUAAAACAUGUCUCUGAUGAACAGCUCCUGGGUUUUGUUGAAAACUUAAUGGUGGCAGUUUUUAAAGCAGGUUCCCCUCCUCACAAUCUUGAAUUAUGCCUAAGUGCCUUACAGGGCCUAAGCCAGGCCAUGAAACUGCCCAGCCCUGCCCACCACCUCUGGACUCUGCUCCAUGAAGCUACUGAGAAAAUUUUGGACCUUCUACCAAAUAAGAUUCGGAGAAAUGAUCUAGAACUAUAUAUCAGUGUAGCAAAAUGCGUCUCGGAAAUGACAGAUGAUGACGCCAAUCGGGUUGCCCAGAUUACUAAGAGCAACAUAGAAAAGGCUGCCUUUGUCAAACUGUACUUAAUCUCUCAAGGACGAUUCCCCCUGAUGAAUUUGACCGACAUACUGACUGUUGCUUUGCAGCACCAUGAGAAAGAGGUACUGGCCUGGAUGGUUCUGCACAGCUUAUACCAGGCGCGGAUUGUAAGCUACGCCAAUACAGGGGUGUUGAAGAGAAUGGAAUGGCUCUUGGAACUGAUGGGUUAUAUCCGAAAUGUUGCUUACCAGUCAACCUCUAUUCAGAAUGUGGCUCUAGAUGAGGCUUUGGACUUCUUGUUGCUGACAUUUGCAACCACAGUGGUCACGUGGACAGACCACACUGCCCCGCUCCUCCUUGGCCUCAGUGCCAGUUGGUUGCCAUGGCAUCAGGAAAAUGGCCCGGCUGGGCCAACAUCAAGCUUCCUUGGCAGGAGUCCAAUGCACAGGGUCACUCUGCAGGAGGCCCUCACUCUGCUUCCCAAUAGUAUGCCUCUGCUGCUGCAGAAAGAGCCAUGGAAGGAACAGACCCAGAAGUUCAUUGACUGGCUGUUCACCAUCAUGGAAAGCCCUAAAGGAGCCCUCUCAGCAAAAUGGAGGGAGCUUUUAAAAGCCACCCUGCUGUCCUUAAGAGUUCUCCCAGAGUUUAAGAAGAAAGCUGUAUGGACCAGAGCAUAUGGUUGGUGAAAAGUUUUGCAGUAACCAGCAGUAUUUUUAUCUAGAUGAAGAAAACCGUGGAAAUGGAAGUUUUUCAGAAUUCACGUCUGGGAUUUCUGAAACAUGGUACAGAGGGCUAAGGGUCAGGAAAAGUGGCCACAUCACUGACAGCUUGACUCAUCAUGCAUGCCAGGAGAGGGGCUCCUUGCUUUAAAUCCCAGGCCUCUGAGGACUAAAAUAGAAUUUGAAUUUGUUAUUUGACUAGAAUUCAACUUGAAGAUUUUCUUUCUGAAAACUUGACUGUAGUGCUUCUCCCCACUAAAUUCUAGUAAAUAAUCCUGU